AUGGAUGAGCCAUUUGGUGAAAUCCCGAAAUCCAGGCUGAGUUCGAAAACUGAACACAGGUUUGAUGAGCUCGAGCGGGUCGACGAGAAGGGCAAAGUCGAAAAUAAGCUCAUUUGCAAGCCCGUUCAGUCGUUCCACAGAGAUUCCAAUGUCAUUUCAUUUCACAUUCCACACAAGAAACUUCUCGAAAAAAUCGAAUAUAAGAAAUCGCCACCCGAACCUUUGGCCGGUUUCUCAAACAUCCAACAAGACUUAUUAAGUCGCAAACGAAGCGCUUCUGAAGACCUUAAUAUCAGUUCUUCGGACGACGAAGAAUCAAUAAUCAGUGAUGUUUCACGAUUUGCUUUAAAAUACCGACGGAGUACUCUUUCGCCGUCUGUGGCAAAAGAACCCGUCCUUCCUCACGCCAAACUGUACGAUGUCAUGGAUCAAAACGAAUGGAUCGCAAAAUUACGACAAGCCGCCGAUGGUUAUUUCAUUUAUAUGACUUACACGGUACCACAAUCUUCGGAACUUUACUCCCCUUACGCCCUUAGCGUUGUGCCUUUUCCAAAAGUAGACAAGAGUAAUUUUUUCACAAUGAGUUCCAAAGGGGUGAUGCAACACCAAGGGGUUGAAACGGUGUUCACCCCUCUGGACGUGUGGGAACGCGAGUUUCAAAUGUACUGCAAACUGAUGCACUUCCGCACAUUUUAUCGUUUCCGAUUGUGGAAAGGUUUCUACGUUUGGCGGAAAGCUGUAGUUCGUAAAAAAUUCAAAUCGGCACAAGUUUACCUCAACGAAAACUUGUUUAUUUUAAAUAAUGAACUGCGAGCGGGUCUCUUGGCCAUCCAACAAAUGUGCUACAAAAUGACGGAUAUUUCCUUCAUUGACGACGACACCAUCGAGGAUUUUCUCCUAUUUUAUUUCAUUGAAAAUCAGAUGGAAAAACUCGAAUCAGUGUCGGACAAACUGCAAGAAUUUCGCGAAGUGGCCAAAGAUAUUGUCGCGAAUGCGUGCCAUGGGGCUCUUUUAGCCAAAGGUUUCGUCCCAAAUGAGUUACUCGUUGAGCCAAGCAAAGACCGUAAACGUGGUGGUGUUGUGACCAAAGCUCAGGCCAAGAAAACCUCGUACAUUGAGCAAGCGGCCAAGAAAAAAUUCUGUAUGCGUCUCACGUGUUUUAUUAUUCUUGCCGAUUAUUUAAUGAUUGAUUUGAUGCACAAUUUGAUUACGCGGUCGACGCGCGAUCUUAAUGCCAUUUUGGAAAAACACGUUCAGUUUUUGCCCUCGAAGGAAAAAAUCGAGGCUGCGACCAUAACGGAGAUUUUGGAGGAGCCAAGACCAGAGGAGGCUCCUCAGCUUCCUUUAUUUAUCAUUGAUGUUGUUUUGAAUGCGAAAAAAUUGUCGCUGGAUCCGUCUCUCAGAGUCACUUUGAACAUUUUCAAUCAAGUGAUGGAUUUGUGGCAGGAGCAUUGUAAAAAAAUUAAGUCGUUUACGGCCGAUGAAAUGUAUCGGAUUUUCACAAAUCCGAUAAUAAAUGGUAAAGAGGAGGCUCGUAUUUGUGGCUAUGGCCCCACUUUACAUUUCUAUUUAGACGACGAUAAAAAAUUGAAAGAUUCCAUACAACAAAUCGUUGAACAUUUCGUCCAUAAUUAUAAAAUGGCCAAACUCUACGUUAGUAAAUAUAAUUUCAUACGGGAAUUUUUUGCCGAAGACGAGCAAGUCAAGGAAGAAGCCUUGAAGGAAGAAAGAGAUAUUGAAACGUUUCGAAACAUGUGUAACCGCUACCAUAAAGAACUCGACAUUAUUGACGGUGUUAUCGUAUCGCAAUCUCUUGGAAUGUUAAAUUUGCAACUGAGCCAUUUGAAAGAAUGUGCAAAACCGGAACCGGAACGCCUCAUUUCGGCCCUUACACACAUACUUCCUUGGAUUGGUAAAAACGAAAUUGAUCGUUUGAUUGAAGAAUCGGAGAAUAUGGAGACGAGUCUCAACCAACAACCCGUCACAACAGUUGACUACGUCAAGUAUUUGGAAUAUUUGGACGAUGCUAAUACCAAGCUGAACGAUAUGGAGAAUAAUCUGGACUAUUGUAAAGAAUUGUAUGACAUUAUGGAGGAAUUUGCGAUCCCGGUGCCCGACGAAGACAUGAACAAUUAUCUAGGUGUUAGCGUAACGAUGGCUUCUUUGCGCAAUUUGGUCGACCGAAAGUUGGACGAGAUUAAUAAAACCAUCAAGAGUUUUAACGACCAGAUGAACAAGGAUAUCAGUGCUUUGAUUUCGGAAGUGGGAGCCAUAAAAGACGAAUGCAUGCAACCUUGGUUGUACGAUAUUGAGUCAAAUAUCGGCGAAGUGACCGAAUUUUUGAACGAUUUGUACGAACGACUUGUCACUUGUCAGCAGAGAGCGGCUGAAUUUAAAGGCUACCAGAAACAAUUUAGGUUGGAAGUGACACGUUUUGAUAUUUUGGACGAAGUUAUGGCAGACGUGAAGUUACGUAUGCUCCUGUGGGAGAGUGUCACCUCCUGGAGCAAAACCGUGGACGAGUGGUACCACUCUGAUUUCAGCGAAUUGAACGUCGAAGACAUGAACUUGUACACGGCGAAAACUAUCAAAAAUAUCAAUCUUCUGGAGAAGGGAUUGCCCAAAAAUUUGAUCGUUCCGAAACUAAAGGACGAUGUCGAGUUGAUGAAGACCAAGUUGCCAGUCGUUGCAUAUUUGCGGAACCCAAGUCUACGACAACGCCACUGGAUCCAAGUGGAGAACAUCCUCAGCUACAAAUUCAAGCCGGACGAUGAAGUCACACUUGAGCUUUUGGAAAAUUUGAAAGUUUUCAGUUUUGCGAAUGAACUUCAGGAGAUUUCGGGUCAGGCGAGUAGUGAGGCGAGUCUCGAGCAGCUUUUGAAGAAGGUGGAAGAAGCGUGGAAGACGCUCGAGUUUCAAGUUAUGUUGCACAAGGAUUCGAAGGAUGUUUAUAUUUUGGGUUCGCUGGAGGAGGUUCAGAGUGUUUUGGAUGAUAGUACCAUAAAUAUAACGACAAUUGCGAGUUCGAGACAUGUGGGUCCGAUUAAAUCACGUGUGGAGGAGUGGGCCCGACAGUUGGAUUUGUUUUCGAGGACGCUGGAUGAAUGGGUGGCUUGUCAACAGAGCUGGCUUUAUUUGGAGGUGAUUUUUUCCGCGCCUGAUAUUCAAAGACAGCUUCCGAGCGAGUCGAAGCUUUUUAUCAUUGUGGACAAGUCGUGGAAGCAGAUUAUGCGACGGACCGCAAAGAUGCCCCUAGCUAUUGAAGCCGCUUUCUAUCCCGACUUGCUCGAAGAGCUCCAAAAAAACAACGCACUUUUGGAACAAAUCAUGAAGUGUCUCGAAUCCUACUUGGAAGUGAAACGUGUGGCAUUCCCUCGUUUCUACUUCCUAUCAAACGACGAACUUUUGGAGAUUUUGGCCCAAACCCGAAACCCACACGCCGUCCAACCCCACUUGCGUAAAUGUUUCGACGCAAUUGCUCGUCUAGAAUUUGCAGCAAAAGAGGAAGAAGUCGGCAUAACACCUGGCGGUGACGAAGAUGUGAAAAAAUCCAAAUCUGUGACGAUGCUCACGACAAAUAUUUCGGCAAUGAUCAGCCCUGAAGGCGAACGCGUGGCACUGACUAAGGGCUUGAAAGCGCGAGGAAACGUCGAGGAUUGGCUGGGAAAAGUGGAAUCGUCUAUGUUUUUCGCUCUGAGACGUUUGAUGAAAGGGGCACUGAUCGAUUUCCAGCAAAGUCGGAGAAUUGAAUGGGUGGUGAGACACCCGAGUCAGAUCACCUUGACUGUGUCGCAAAUCAUGUGGGCCAGAGGUGUCCACGCGAUUUUGGACCACGGAAACGCCCACAGUAAUUUGGAAAAGUUUGAGCAGAAAUGUAUCGGAGAUUUGAACGAUUUGGCCACUUUGAUUCGCUCGGAUUUGGAUUCAGUGACUCGAAAAGUCUUGAUUGCGUUAAUUACGAUCGAUGUCCAUGCCAGAGAUACCAUCAGGAACAUGGUCGAGCACGGAGUCAAAAAAAGCGAUAGUUUCGACUGGUUGAAAGUCCUGAGGUACUACUGGGACGAACAUCUUGACGAUUGCGUUACAAGAAUGUCUUCGGCUUACUACAUUUACGGUUACGAGUAUUUGGGGGCGUCUGGUGUCCUGGUUAUAACCCCCUUAACCGACCGCUGCUACCUCUGUUUGAUGGGUGCCCUCCAGCUGGACUUAGGGGGCGCUCCUGCAGGUCCAGCGGGAACUGGCAAAACCGAAACCACUAAAGAUUUGGCCAAAGCUUUGGCCAUUCAGUGCGUGGUGUUUAACUGUUCGGAAGGUUUGGAUUAUAAGAUUAUGGGUCGGUUUUUUGCCGGAUUGGCACAGUCCGGUGCUUGGAGUUGUUUCGAUGAGUUUAAUCGAAUCGAUAUUGAGGUGCUUUCGGUGAUUGCGCAACAAAUUAUCACCAUACGGAACGCCAAAGCUGCGAAAUUGACACGGUUCAUGUUUGAGGGACGCGAAAUUAAGCUGGUGCAGAAGUGUGCCACUUUUAUUACGAUGAAUCCGGGAUAUGCCGGAAGGACUGAACUUCCGGAUAAUCUGAAGGCUUUGUUUAGGCCUAUUGCGAUGAUGGUCCCCGAUUACGCUCUCAUCGCCGAAGUGAUUUUGUAUUCGGAAGGUUUCGAAUCGUCAAAAGUUCUCUCCCAAAAAAUGGUGCAAAUGUAUAAGCUUUGUAGCGAGCAAUUGUCCCAACAGGACCACUACGAUUUUGGGAUGCGUGCCGUUAAGAGUGUCUUGGUGAUGGCGGGCUCCCUGAAGAGAGCAAACCCCGACCGAAACGAGGACGUGGUUUUGAUUUGUGCGUUGCGCGACAGCAAUUUGCCGAAAUUUUUAGCCGACGAUGCUCUCCUUUUCCAAGGAAUUUUGAGCGACUUGUUUCCCGGAGUUGAGUUACCGGAACAGGAUUACGGUAAGUUCCAGGAGGCCAUCGUGGACGUCAUGGUGCACCAACAGCUCCAACCGGAAAAACCCAUGAUUCGAAAAGUGAUUCAAUUGUACGAAACCAUGAUUGUUCGAUGGGGCGUGAUGUUGGUGGGGCCCACAGGGGGUGGGAAAAGCACAGUUUUAAACACUUUGAAUAAAGCCUUGACGAAAAUGUACAAUGAUGGUAUCGAAGGGCCUUAUUACCACCCAGUUCACACUUAUACCAUGAACCCGAAGGCUGUAACCGCUGGUGAGUUGUACGGAGAAGUGAAUAUUUAUACGCUGGAAUGGCGCGAUGGUCUCAUGGGUAUCAUGAUGCGAACUGCUGUACAAUGUACGGAAGAAGACCACCAAUGGAUUAUUUGUGACGGUCCAGUGGAUGCUGUUUGGAUUGAAAACCUAAACACCGUUUUGGACGACAAUAAAAUGUUGUGUCUUGCAAAUUCGGAGCGGAUUAAACUCACACCUUACGUUCAUAUGGUGUUCGAAGUGAUGGAUCUGGCACAGGCUUCUCCAGCUACUGUCAGUCGUUGUGGUAUGGUCUAUAUAGACCCUGAUGAAAUUGGCUGGUUGCCUUAUGCCAUAUCGUGGGUGCAAAGACGCGACGAAGAGCUUCUUAACCACGAAUUGAAACAGUUUAUGAUUGGUUUGUUUGAAUAUGCUGUUGAAAAUGGUUUUGCUUUUGUGAAAAAAAAUGGAGAUUACUCUAUACACCAAGUGGAUAUAAGUAAAGUUGCAAUGCUUUGUGCCAUCAUUGAGAGUUAUUUGAAUACACCGAAUGCGUUGGAAAAUAUCGGCGAAAAGAGCAAAGUUAAAAGCUACUUGUGUCAAGUGUUUAUUUUCGCCUAUAUUUGGUCACUUGGCGGGAAUCUUACCGACGCGUCAAAGGAAAAGUUUGAAGUUUAUGUGAGGGAACAGUUUGAUGAUCAUCCAGAUGCAAGGUUGCCUCCAGGAGUCGACCUCUACGGCGUAUUUAUGAACACGCAAGACCACCGCUUGGACCCAUGGGCAAAAAUCCUCCCAACCUUCACCUACAAACAAGAAGUACCAUUUUUCGAAAUGUUGGUACCAACCAACGACACUGUCCGAUUUGGUUACGUCAUGGAACGUCUAAUGUACGUAAAUUAUCCUGUACUAUUCGUCGGAGAUACUGGUGUUGGCAAAACAGUCGUUGCAAAAGACGUCCUUAACCGUUUAUAUGAAACGGGUCAAUUUGUUCCCGUUACUAUAAAUUUUUCGGCUCAAACUAGCAGUUUUCGAACGCAGGAAAUUCUCGAAUUAAAGCUUGAAAAAAAGAAAAAGACACUUCUUGGUGCCCCAUUGGGCAAAAAAGUGUUACUUUUCGUCGAUGAUGUCAAUAUGCCCAAAUUGGAGACAUACGGGGCCCAACCCCCGAUUGAAUUACUACGACAGUUUCUAACCUAUGGUGGUUUGUACGAUCGGGAGAAAUUAUUUUGGAAAGAAAUUCGCGAUGUGAUUGUGUCGGCGGCUUGUGCACCUCCUGGGGGCGGCAGGAACCCGCUCACGCCCCGAUUUGUGCGAUUUUUCGCAAUGUUGUUAAUCCCACCACCGAAUGAGUUCUCCCUCAAGGCGAUUUUUAAGGCGAUUUUAAAAGGUUUUUUCUUUGAUUUUUCGAACGAAAUCAGAGAUUUGGCCGAUUAUAUGGUGGGAGCCGCCGUUGAAAUUUACAUGCGGAUUGCGACCGAUUUGUUGCCAACUCCUGCAAAAUCUCACUACGUGUUCAAUCUUCGAGAUCUGUCGAAAUGUGUGCAAGGGGUGCUCCAGGCGGAUUCUGGCACCAUGAGGGAGGAAAGUGCAAUGUUGCGUCUGUUCUACCACGAAUGUUUGCGCGUUUUUCACGAUCGAUUGAUCAAUGUUGAGGAUAAAUCGUACUUUUACUUCCUGAUGAGGGAGAUUUGUGGUAGAAAUUUCGGAACUGCGGUUCUAGCUUUGCCAGAUCAGCCGGUUAUAACCAAUCCGCCUUUGCUACUUUUCGGCGAUUUUAUGCAAUACGGCGCCAAUAAAGAAGACCGGAUUUAUGAGGAAAUUAGGAACGUUGACAAGAUUCGAAGCGUUUUACAAGAUUAUUUGGACGAUUAUAAUCUUCUUGAAUCGAAAGACAUGCGGUUGAUAUUUUUCAUGGACGCGAUUGAACAUUGUGUUCGUAUCGCUCGAAUAUUGCGAUCUGAGAGGGGAAAUGCCCUCCUUGUGGGGGUUGGAGGAAUGGGGAAGCAAAGUUUGACGCGAUUAGCUUCACACGUGAAUGCUUACAAGUGUUUUCAAAUUGAACUGACGCGAAACUAUGACCGGUCGUACUUUUUUGAAGAUUUGAGAAAAAUGUAUUUUAAUGCUGGAGCGAAUAAUGCAAAUUCGGUUUUCCUGUUUACCGAUACGCAAAUCGUGCAAGAGGAUUUUUUGGAAGAUAUUAACAAUAUUCUAAAUUCGGGCGAAGUUCCGAACCUUUUUGAGGCCGACGAAUACGAAAAAGUGAUAAUUGCUACCAGAGAUCCAGCAAAAGGUGCAGGAGUCGAUCCUGCAAACCGUGACGGUAUUUACGACUAUUUUAUCAGCAGAGUUCGCAAUAAUUUGCAUUUGGUGAUUUGUAUGAGCCCGGUGGGUGACGCUUUUAGGCGCCGUUGUCGCAUGUUUCCCUCUUUGGUCAAUUGUUGUACAAUUGAUUGGUUCGAAAAAUGGCCACAUGAAGCCCUAUUAUCUGUGUCUCAAAAUGCUUUAAAAGACCUGGGAAGUGAGGAACUUUGCCAUAACUUAUCGACGAUUUGUGUGACGAUACACGAAAGUGUGGAAGAAAUGACUGAACGGUUUUAUCUCGAAAUGAGACGACAUUAUUACACGACACCGAGUAGCUACCUCGAAUUGUUGAAACUGUACCGAAAAUUACUCGAAACGAAAAAGGAACAAGUUAUUUACAAACGAUCCAGAAUUAGUAACGGAUUACAAAAAUUGUACGAAACGAAUUCAGUUAUCGAAACAAUGAAAGAAACUCUGAUUGAGCUGGAACCAGUUUUGGCCGAAAAAUCGGUCGCUGUGGACGAACUAAUGUCAGAUUUGACUACGGAACAACACCAAGCCGACAAAGUCCGAGCUAUUGUCAAAUACGACGAGGAAAUUGCCAAAGCAAAAGCCGAAGAUACUCAAGCAUUGGCUGACGAUGCUCAAAGAGACCUGGAUACGGCAAUGCCGGCUUUGGAAGCUGCAACCAAAGCUCUUGAAGCACUCAACAAAAACGAUAUCAACGAAAUUAAAGUGUUUCAAAAGCCGCCGAAACUUGUACAGUAUGUUAUGGAAUCGGUUUGUCUGCUACUAGGCGCCAAAACUGAUUGGGCCUCAGCUAAGAUUGUUCUCGGUGAUGUUAAUUUCUUAAAGAAGCUUCAGGAGUACGACAAGAAUCACAUAACUGAACAAACUCUACGUAAGUUGAAGUCGUACGUUGAUAAUCCAGAUUUUGUUCCUGAUAAAGUCGGGAGAGUGUCAAAAGCGUGCAAAAGCAUGUGCAUGUGGGUGCGUGCGAUGGAUAUGUAUGCAAAAGUUUACAAAAUUGUGGAGCCGAAGAGAAAGAGAUUGGAACAAGCCGAAAAAGAGCUCAACCAAGUGAUGGGCCUUUUGCGCGAGAAACAGCGCCAACUCGCCGAAGUCGAAGCAAUGAUUGCUUCACUCGAAGCCAAAUUCAACCAAACUCUGGCGGAAAAAGACGCCCUCGAGAACGAAAUGGAAUUAACCUCCAACAGAUUGAACCGUGCCGGCCGUUUAAACGUUGCUCUCGGCGACGAACAAGCUCGAUGGGAGCGUUCAGUCAAAGAGUUCGCCGUAGAACUCCAAAACAUCAUCGGCGAUGCUUUAAUUGCCGCUGCUUGUGUGGCCUAUUUGGGCGCUUUUACCAGCUUGUAUCGCAACGAAUUGGUCGAUCUAUGGGUCUCGCAAUUUAAAGAGUUCCAAAUACCGGCUUCGGAUAAUUUCAGUUUGAUUCGAGUUUUGGCCGAUCCGUACGAUAUUCGCAUGUGGAACUCUUUCGGACUACCCCGUGACACUGUUUCGACUGAAAAUGCAAUUUUGGUCACUCAGGCUAGUCGCUGGGCCCUUAUGAUUGAUCCGCAGGAACAAGCCAAUCGUUGGAUUCGUCAAAUGGAAGCUGCGAACGAUUUGCGAGUGGUGAAACUGACCGAUUCGAAUUUUUUGCGCGUUUUGGAGAGCGCGAUCCGAAUUGGUAAACCAGUGCUUUUGGAGGAAGUGGGCGAGACGUUGGAUCCGACUUUGGGCCCGAUUUUGACCAAACAGACGUUUAUGCAGGCUGGACGGCUUUUGAUACGUUUGGGGGAUUCGGAUGUUGAGUAUGAUCCGAAUUUUCGAUUUUAUGUUACAACGAAAUUGGCGAAUCCGCAUUAUUUGCCCGAAAUUUGUAUUCAAGUGACGAUUGUUAAUUUUACGGUGACCAAGUCGGGGUUGGAGGAUCAGUUGUUAGCAGAUGUUGUGCGUUUAGAACGACCCGAUUUAGAGUCACAAAGAACAGAAUUGAUUAUACGAAUCAAUAACGACAAAACACAGUUGCAAUUAAUCGAAGAUAAAAUUUUGAAAUUGUUGUAUCAGUCCGAAGGUAAUAUUUUGGACGAUGAAGAAUUAAUUGAGACUCUAAAUGAGAGCAAAGAAACUUCAGCUGUGAUUGCGGCCCGUCUUUUAGAGACCGAAUCAACGGAACGUAAAAUUUCAGAAGCGCGCGAAAAAUACCGAACUGUGUCCAUCAGGGGCUCAGUUCUUUAUUUCGUCAUUGCACAACUGGCUGAAAUUGACCCAAUGUACCAAUACUCACUGAAAUAUUUCAACCAAAUCUUCAACACAGUGAUUGAAACCAGCGAAAAAAGCAACGAUCUUAAAGAACGGCUCAAGAUUUUGUUGCGCGAAAUCACCGCAUUUGUCUACACAAACGUUUCAAGGGGUUUAUUUGAGCGACACAAACUGGUUUUCAGUUUUAUGCUUUGCGUUGCGAUUCACCAAGAAAAGGGAGAAAUUAGCGACAACCAAUGGAAUUUUUUGCUCAGAGGUCCAGUCGGGGCCAAAAUUGAAUUGCCCCCAAAACCGGAUUAUCCCCUAAUUACGGACGCUAUGUGGCUUUCGGCCAAUUUCUUGGCCGUUUCGAUUCCAGGCUUUGAGAAAUUGCCAGAAGAGAUCACAAAUGUGAUAAGUGUUCGUAUUUCUGAUUUCCAGCAGGAUAUUUCGGUGGUGCCAAAUGCCAAGCCGAGUCGAGUCAAAUGGAACGAACUUUUGGACGAUUUUAACAAGUUGUUGCUUUUGAAAACCUUGAAAGAGGAGAAAUUGGUGUUUGCCAUCACCGAAUAUGUUAAAAUCAAACUGGGGAAACAGUUUAUCGAAAGCCCGCAAGUCUCGCUUCAAGUUUUGUAUCAGGACACGUCAAAUAUAACUCCUUUGGUGUUUAUCCUGAGCACGGGUUCAGAUCCGUUUGGGUCGUUCCAACGUUUUGCCGAUGAAAUGGGUUUUAGGGAAAGGAUCAAGUCGAUUUCGCUUGGACAAGGACAAGGUCCUGUUGCUGAAAAGAUAAUCGAACAAGGAUUGGAACGUGGCGAUUGGGUCUUUCUCCAAAAUUGUCAUUUGGCAACGUCUUGGAUGUUGGCAAUGGAACGCCUGGUUAUAAAAAUUGCCGAACAGUCGUCCAAAGUCCACAAGGAAUUCCGCCUCUACAUGAGUUCAAUGCCAUCGAAGUCGUUUCCCGUUUCAGUUUUGCAAAAUUCGGUCAAAGUGACCAACGAGCCACCGAAAGGGAUUAGGGCCAACAUUAAAAGGGCCUUCACCGAUAUGCAACAUGACUUUUUCGAAGAUCAUCCUUUAAAGCAAGACUGGAGAUGCAUGAUUUUCGGUACUUGCAUGUUUCAUGCAAUAAUACAGGAACGGAAAAAGUUUGGCCCUUUGGGGUGGAACAUCACUUAUGAGUUUAACGACAGCGAUCGCGAAUUUGCGUUCAAUACUUUGAAAAUGUUUUGUGCUGAAGGGACGAUCCCUUGGGACGCUUUAGAGUAUUUAACAGGGGAGAUUACCUACGGUGGACGUGUUACUGAUUAUUGGGACUUGAGGUGUUUGAAAACGAUUUUGAAAAUCUUCUUCUCGCCUCAAAUACUUAAACCGCACUAUAAGUACUCUCCUAGUGGGAUUUACUACUGCCCUAGCUACUCUAAACUUGAGAAAUAUCAAGAGUUUAUCGACGGGCUUCCGAUUUUGGAAGCACCGGAGAUUUUCGGAAUGCAUGAAAAUGCGAACAUUGCCUAUCAAAUCAAAGAGACUCAGAACAUACUUUUGACGAUUAUGGAGAGUCAACCGCACACUUCUGGCGGUGCUGAAGGGCAACAAACCGAUAAUAUUGUCUACGAUUUGGCGAAUUUGGUUACUGACUCUUUGAUGACGAAAAUUUCGACUGACGAGGCUAACAUCAGCAUGUUUAAAAGAGACGACAAGGGCCGUUUGCCCUCACUCACAACAGUCCUAAUGCAAGAAGUCGACCGUUACAACAUUUUACUCAAACUGAUACACAGUUCGAUGGAUAAUUUGAAGAAAGCAAUCAAAGGUUUGGUCGUAAUGUCGGACGCUUUGGAGGAGGUCUACGUUGCAUUUACCAACAAUCAGGUGCCAAAAAUGUGGAACAAAAAAGCCUACAAUUCGUUAAAAAGUCUCGGAAGUUGGAUACGAGACUUGGUGUUGCGGCUCGAUUUUAUUAAAAUUUGGGUACGAUCGGGUCCACCGUCUUCCUAUUGGUUAUCAGGGUUUUAUUUCCCUCAAGGUUUUUUAACUGGGACUUUACAAACCCAUGCCAGAAAAUACAACUUACCGAUCGAUCAACUCAAAUUUGAUUUUGACGUACAAAAAGUGUGGAUUGAGCAAGAGCAAGUGAAGAAGGUUCAUGAUGAGGAACAACACGAAAAUUUGGAAGUUUAUAAAGGUUUGCAUCAUCCGGAAGAUGGGGCUAUAAUUCAUGGUCUGUUCCUGGAUGCAGGUCGCUGGGAUUCCCCGACUCAUAAAUUGGUUGAUGCUAAACCAGGUGAAAUUAAUCCAUUGUUGCCGGCCAUUUGGAUGUUACCAAAGACUUCGUUACCUCCUAAUGAUAAGAGAUAUGUCACUCCGUUAUACAAAACUUCAAUACGUGCAGGUGUCUUGUCCACAACAGGGCACAGCACAAAUUUUGUGAUUGCUGUCUUGUUACCAACCGAUAAACCACAAAGUUAUUGGAUUCUUAAAGGAACUGCAUUAUUAACACAAGUCACUGAUUGAUUAUCUUUUCUUAGUUGUUUUUGCAAUGUAUUGUUGCUUAAGAAUAAAGUGUUUUUUUU